AUGUCAGAACUCACUGACGACAUGCCACCACCUGUUGACAAUACCACAAACCUACAAUUCUUCCAGGAAAGCCGGUGGGGGGUACUAGUACAAUAUGAUGGCUUUAUGGAAGGCUACACCACUCAAAUUGCGGACCUGACUCGCAGAGCCACCCUAUACAGUCAGAUCCGCGACGCAAUGCAUCCUCGCGAAAUAUUGGCCGUUCCCCACGCUACAGAGGCUGUAUGGACGUGGAGGAUGACAUACUAUAGUACAACACCGAAUAAGCUAGAGACAGUGUCGCUCGUAAUCUCGCUGCAGACAAGAUGUUCUUUCACUGAAACUCCAAAGCUGGGAAUUGAACUCGAAUCUCCAACGUCCUCAUAUCACACAAGCAACUUUCAUCGCGAAUACUGA